AUUGCAAAGUCGUCAAAACCCUAGUUUAUUCUUGCAAACGAAGUCAAGCCGGUUUCUAGCGGCUGGUUCUAAAAGAAGAAUUAGCAAGCAAACAUGGCUACGGCGGCAUACCAGGUACCUGUGAAACCUGCAAAGCUGGGUUUGGAGGGGCAACAGCAAGAACCGGUUCGUAGGAUUAGGAUCACACUCUCCUCCACCAAAGUGAAGAACGUUGAGAAAGUUUGCAGUGAUCUCAUAAAGAGAGCCAAGGAACAUCCUGAUCCCAUCAGGACUAAGGGUCCAGUGCGCAUGCCUACUAAGACUCUUCGCAUCACUACAAGGAAGGCCCCUUGUGGAGAAGGUACCAACACCUGGGAUAGGUUUGAGAUGCGUAUUCACAAAAGAGUGAUGGACCUCUUCACCACUCCAGGGACGGUCAAGACGAUUACUGCAAUUGACAUGGAACCAGGCGUGGAGGUUGAAGUUACCAUUGGUGACAUUUAAUCGAAUGUUUGAUCAUUUGAGUGUGAGUUAUUUUUGUUGAUUCAUGUUUAUAAGGCGCUUUAGUCUCUCUGCAGAGUAGGCCUUAUCAUUUUUGGUACUGAGUUUACAUGGUUAAUACUAUUGGCAUGGCAACAUUUUAGUGUG